AUCAAACAUUUUCCAUCAUAAAAAUAAUGUGGUAAAUUAUUUAUUAUGCAUCUGAAUUUAAUGUUAGUUUACAUGAAAUCCUCGGAUAGGUCAGAAUCCGCAGCUUAGCGCAGGCAUUGAUAUUGCGCUAUUGCCAUUAGUGGCACCAAACCAAACAAACAACAAUUCUCGCCACUUAUCCUUCUCCUCUCCUCUCUCUCUCUCUAAUAUCGACCAUGAGGCGCCAGCAGCUACACUUCGCGGCAGUUGUCGCGGCGAUUGUCGUCACCGCUUGGGUUGCGCACAUGCGCGGCGGGGUUGGCCAAUCGGAGGCCAAGGGUUGGCAGUUCGAGGCCGUUCCGAUUGACGGCGCCGUCGGACCGGAGAGCUUCUCCUUCGAUCCUCGCGGCGAAGGCCCUUACACCGGCGUUUCUGACGGUAGAAUCAUCAAAUGGCACCAAACGCAGAAUCGUUGGCUCAACUUUUCCGCUAUUGCUUCUUCUUCACACUGGGAUGAAGAGUGUGGAGGACCAUGUGAUGAGCAUUCCAAGAAAGAGCACGUGUGUGGGCGUCCACUAGGCUUGUGCUUUAGUACACUAUCGAAUGAUCUUUACAUUGCUGAUUCUUACAAGGGCUUAGUUGUUGUUGGUCCCCAUGGUGGCACUACUAGAAGACUCGUAUCAACAAUAGAAGGUGAACCCUUGGCUUUUACUAACGGUUUGGAUGUUGACCAACGAACUGGAGCAGUGUACUUCACCAGUAGUAGUUCAAAAUAUCCGAGGAGGAAUUACAUGUCGUUGAUCCUAAGCAGAGAUAAGACGGGGAUGCUAAUGAAAUAUGAGCCACAAAGUGAACAAGUUAGCGUUCUCCUAAAGAAUCUCUCCUAUGCAAAUGGAGUAGCAUUAAGCAAAGAUGGUGAAUAUAUCCUAAUAAUUGAGACCACAACUUGUAGAGUAUUAAGGUAUUGGCUAGAAACACCAAAAACUGGAACCUUGGAAGUCUUUGCUGAUCUACCAGGUUUCCCAGACAACAUCAAACGGAGUCCAAGAGGAGGAUUUUGGGUGGGAAUUUACUCAAGAAGAGAAAAAAUUAUCCAAUGGAUUCUAUCAUAUCCUUGGAUUGGAAAAGUUUUGCUUAGGCUUCCUUUGGACAUCCCAAAAGCUUAUUCAUAUUUGGCUAAGCUAAAAAGGAGUAAUGGAAUGGCAAUUAGACUAAGUGAGCAGGGUGAUAUAUUAGAAAUUGUUAACGAAAAAAAUGGGAGCAUAGGGAGGUCUAUUAGUGAAGUGGAGGAAAGAGAUGGGAUAUUAUGGGUGGGAUCCAUAGAUGCACCUUUUGUUGGUAAGUAUAAUAUUCAUGUUGUAGAAGGGCAAGUCAAACGGAUUUGAAGAUUUUUUUAUAUAUAAAUUUUAGUGUUUUUCACUUUUUUGUUUCUUGAUUGCAUAGUAAAAAGGAAAUGGAUGCGGGCUUUGGCUAUCA